CGUCCGUUGCCAGACAAAGGUGGUGAUUUUUCAUGUGUUGUGAUUGCUCGUUGGUUGGCUCGUGUUUGGAUGGACCCUGAAAGAGGUGUUUUUUUCUUCUGCUCGGUUCUGUUCUGGCGGCGAUGACGGCCCUUCGGAAGGGAUAGGAAGGCUUCCAGAAAUGUUAGUCGCGAUACUCGGGACGACACUGUUGCUGGUUUCUGCUUCCGGCUUUAAGAGGGGUUGAUCCAUUGGAAUCUCUGUUCCGGUUUCGUGUGCAGCAACAAACGACGCUGGUUCCGGCGGAUAUAGGUCGAAAGUUUUUCUUGUGGCUGCAACAAAAAACUUCCUGAGCAGAGGGAUCUAUCUAUUUGUGUCUAAAAACGGGGGUUCCGGUGUCAUCCCCCCAUACUCAGUGUGAUCUAUCCGCAACAUAUGUGCGUAUGUGAAUAGAAAAAAACGGAAGGGCUUUGCGAAAAAAGGGAAACUGGAAACGGAAAUGAUGUGCAAGGCUCGGUCAGAAUGCUUAUGUGUUGAAAUAUAGGGGUAGAAAAAAAUUGUUUACCGUUCGAUCUGUUCUAGGGAACAGUUUCCGGGAUAGGUGUGGGAGUGUCCAAAGUGGGGCGCCUCCAUCAUCCUAGUGGCUAGAGACGUGUGGUUUUCACCCAAACUGGAAUGUUUGCCAAGUUUUUCCUGCUUCGUCAUCUACUGCCAUAGUGAUGUGUUUUGAUUUUUUGCCCUACUCGCUUAGCAAAAAACAGCAGUAGUAGUCGGGAAAACGGGUUAAACUAAACCCCCUCCGGGGAUCAUCAUUCAUCCCCCCUUUCCACAACCGAUAACCACAGCAGCCACCCUCCCUACUCGAGGCGCUCUUAUGGAUGAAAUAAUUCAGUAGGGCUUCAAUCAAAAAUUAUUGAUUGCAUCAAGCUGCGAAUUGCGGUGGCCUGUGUGGUGCUUGGCCAGUGUCCGUCCGUGUGUUUUAUUUGGUGAGGUGGUUGUGGUGAAUGUUAUUUCCGCAGUUGCAUCAGAGUAAAAAUAGCUCUGGAUGAUUCUGUCGCGAUCGCCAGCAUCCAGCAAAAAGUGUGAAGGCGCGCGUAAUUUGCAUCGUGCAGUGCACAGCGGCCAAUUUCCGCUUCCCCAAAUCGGUGGAAUCAAACCCAAUUCCAGAUUGUGUGUACCCCAUCAGUGUUAACCGCAAAAAAAAAAUAACCAUUCAAAUCAAAAGUGGCAGGUGUUUGAAGCUUUCAUCGUCAUCAUCACCUGUCUGUGUUUUUCAGGAAUCUGUAGGUGCAAGUUUAUAGAAGAAAAUAUUGAAACAGAAAUUAUCCUAGCGUCAAAUUUAAUUGAAUUUUAAUAGCACACGAGGUGACGCUCAACGACAAUCAACGCAGCUCUACCACAAAAAAUAGGCAUAAGUGAGCAGUGAAAGUUCUGGCGAAAUCUUAAAAUUUUAAAAAUAAAAGCCAACUUAAGCUGCAAAUGAAGAGGUGGUCGUCAGGAGAGGAGUUGUUAUAUAAUUUUAUUUGAAAUUGUUCCGUUUGCUGAUGGGCUGCUGACUGGCUGAAGCUGAAUGGUGCAAAAAAAAAUAAGCAAAAAAAAACCUCGAUUGGUAGACAACAGACUUUGGCUCCAUAAAAUAGGCAAACUUUGGCUUUGCUGCUUCGGUGGAUGGCAGUCGAUGUGAAGAACGGGAAGCUGACCUAGUUUUGUGUUGAAGGAGUUCUAUCGUUUUGGAGCUGGAACACCCUCUCCGUGUAGACGCAGUACCGGAUUGGAGAAGAACAUACGGGUCGAGCUAGCAAUUGGAAACGACUGUUUGCUAAAACUUCAAUCAGAUGACAAUCAUCAAUCCGAAGGCACCUGCACGCUGUCAACCCAUCUCAGAGUGACAGCUUAGGAGAAGGAGGAGUCUUUAAAACAAAACAAAAAAACCCCAAAAACCUUCAACCGGUAGAAUGCCAUCACUCUCGCUUUCUGGCGGCCGGUUGUGAAGAGGCAGCCACCUGCUGCGGCCAAACAAAAACCCCGGACUAAAUUCCGACUGGGUCCGUGAGUCUCAGUCGGUAAUCAAUUACGAUAAAAUCCCCACUCCCUGUUUUUUGAAGGAAGCCCACGUGGAUUGCGGACAAAAGGAUUGUAAUAGUAACAACAGCCCUUUUGCAGCUUCGCUAGGGUGUGAAAUAAAAGCCAUCGUCGUCGUCGUCGUGUUUUGUGAUGUUGUUGCUAGUUAGAGAGCAUCCUUUUGUCAUCGAUGGAGGAACAGCGCGAAUGACGAUGAGCAAGAGCUUCGGGUUAAGGUCGAUAGGUUAGGUUCUGCUCGGUGUCACAUAGCAUAGUAAUUAUAGCGCUGCUGGUGGAUGCUUUGUAUUUUCCGGGAUAGUAAGCCAGAGCAAUGAUCUUUGAGGUACGGUCUAAGCUGGGAAAGUGUAUGUUUUUCUGUAUGCAUAGGAAGCAGACACAUAUCACGAUAUCAAAGGUUUCAGCGGGACCGUGUCAAGUAGCAGAUGAAAGCUUUAUGAGCCAUUGUAGUGGAGAGAUCAAACAAGAACGGAAGAAUGCAACUGAUUAGGGAGAAAUUGGAAAGCACAAAGUACUGAGUGGUUGAGUAGGGAGGAAAACCUGUCGUGGUCCGUAUAUGGACGCACUAGCCAUUUCGCGCCUGGUCGAUGAACUCACGAUUGGCAGCUCGCAGUAUAGUUUGCAAAGUAGCAGUGUAGCGACGUCUUCCGGGGUGCUAGGGAACUUUUCGACGGUGGCACCAGCAGCAGCAGUUGUUGGCGGGUUUAGUGACGUCCAUCAAGCGGUUCCCGUUGCCCUGUUGACGCUGAAUCAAACGCUGAGCCACGCCGUAGCUGGUGCUACCGGUCACGGAGGUUCACUGGAUCUAAUUGGGGGUGCAGCGGCUAGCAGCACCACAAGUCCUGCGGGAUCUAUCGUCGCUUCGACGGUUCCGGACAAUGCCCUGGAACAUGAACCGGAGAUCGACACAAUUCGCAAGGUGAUGAUAUGCAUCGUUCUACUAGCUGUGAUAUUUGGCACGAUCGUAGGCAACAUCCUAGUCUGCGUCGCGGUGUGUCUGGUACGAAAGUUGAGGCGACCCUGUAACUAUUUGCUGGUGUCACUUGCCGUUUCGGAUCUGUGCGUGGCCUGCCUGGUGAUGCCACCCGCGUUGAUGUACGAGGUUCUGGGCGAGUGGAACUUUGGACGAGUUUUCUGUGAUAUUUGGGUUUCGUUCGACGUGCUCUCUUGUACGGCGUCGAUUCUGAACCUGUGUGCAAUCUCGGUCGAUCGGUAUUGGGCCAUCACGAAGCCCCUCGAGUACGGCGUCAAGCGAACGCCCCGCCGAAUGAUGCUUUGCGUAGGACUGGUGUGGUUGGCCGCCGCUUGUAUUUCGUUGCCACCACUUUUAAUUCUAGGCAAUAAACAUACGAUCGGCCAGGGCGAAGAGCAGCGCCCAUUUUGUGCCGUUUCCGAAGAUGUAGGUUAUCAAAUUUAUGCCACCUUGGGGUCCUUCUACAUACCCCUGGCGGUGAUGCUUUUUGUAUACUAUCAGAUAUUCCGAGCCGCCCGCCGAAUAGUUAAAGAUGAAAAGCGGGCCCAAACAAGACUGGAAAACUCCCUCGCAGUGGACAAAAGUCAAGCCAUGCUCAAACCCCCGGAACCAGUGGCGCCCAACAAUUCACCCCAUCAGAAGAAGCUGCGAUUCCAGCUGGCGAAGGAACGCAAAGCGUCCACAACCCUGGGCAUCAUCAUGUCCGCUUUCACCGUCUGCUGGCUGCCCUUCUUCAUCCUGGCCCUCGUAAGGCCACUCAUGGACGACGACUACCCUACGCUGUCGUCGUUCUUCCUGUGGCUCGGUUAUGCCAACUCCCUUCUCAAUCCGAUCAUCUACGCCACCCUGAAUCGGGACUUCCGGAAGCCAUUCCAGGAAAUACUGUACUUCCGCUGUUCGAACCUGAACAUCCUGAUGCGGGAAGACUUCUACCACAGCCAGUACGGAGAGCCGGGCUCGCAGCGCUUCGUGCUGGACAACGAGGGCCAGCACACGGCUCGGGAGAGCUUUCUCUGAAAUCCGCAACCUGCCGGUACAAUCAUCACUAGUAGUUGUAAUAGCAGUAGUAGCACACCGAUACCGAUGCCUCUGCAAGCGUCGAUCGUAACGUAACGUAACCAGCACAGCACCCCUGCGAAUAUCAAACAUUACCCUUGCACCACCUAAACAUACACACUCACUCACUGGAACAAACUCGUAAAGUAUAUUGUGCUAAGUUGUGUUAAGAAAUAGAAACCAAAAAAGUGUGGCCGUUUAGGAAUGAGAGCGUUUGAAGGAGCGUGCGUUAAGGCUUAUGAGAGAGAUAGAAAGAGAGCGUUUUUAUUAGAAACAGCCACAGGAAACAAAGAGAGGAUAUUUUCGAAUAAUUUAGUAUCAACCUACUAGUUGUAAUGAAUUAUGAAUCGGUUCUGAUGUUACGAAGAGAUGAAAUUGGGAAAGAUCAAUCAUGUUACAAUAGGUUGAGGUCGAUAACGAUUGGAGGGUUUUCAUUCAGAUCGUCUUUUCAAAUAAGGUCAUGUCCUUGUAUUUGUAUUGAGAAGUAAAAAUAUAGCACGAUGUCCAAUUUUUCAUGCCAUUCCAUCCUCAGGGAUACGGACAUCGGUUUGGCAAAAAGAGGCAUGUUUGUCAAAACGGCUUUGUGAGUUGAUUCAAUUGCCUUUCGGGUUGAAAAAAGAUCCAACAUUUUUUCAACUAAUGAUGGUCUAUUUUAGAGCUUAAGGGCCUAUCCUGCUAUGAGCAUAAGCUAAAUUUUCAAUACCGGUGCCCUUCAUUGUCCAAUUAGUGAUAUUCAAUCAGCAAUCCAAUUUAUUGAUCAACACAUUAGAGACAUCAAACUCGGGAUAUCACACUGAUGUUCUGGGUUGGAAUUUUUCGUUUCUCAUUCGGGAGCUAUAGGGUGUCCUAUCAUGUCUAAGUACGAUUUAAAAUGAAUAGUAUGUAUGUAUGUAUGUAUGGUUCCCCCAUCGGUAGCAAGGUCCAGCCUAUGCCUGUGUGGCUUGGCCUUCGAAUUGCUUUUCAGGCUUCCACGGCCGAUGGUUCGUCGAGGGAAGUCAUCCAACCUACAGAGACCUACAAUGGUUGGCAAUCCACUCCGCUUGCAAUAGUCUCUUCAGAUUAACCCCAUUCCCUCUGAAAUAUAUAAUCAUUUAUUCAAUGAAACACAUCUUACCUAUCGGCAACUUGUGGGAUUCGAACCCAAAAGUUUUUCUUGCCGAUACCGGGAAUCGAACCCAGUACGCCUGGGUUACCAGACUCGCGCCAGCCUAUCCACUAGACCACAUCAGCGCUCAGCACGAUUUAAAAUGAAUAGUAUAUACAUAAUUUAGGAGCAAAUUAUUUUUUCACUAUUUUGUUCUCUGUAGUCUUCUUUUACAGUGAAUCAAUGAAAAAUUAGAUUUCAGUCAAUCGUAGACCAGAGAUCGAGUUUUUAAACGGCGACUUCUGAUUCGCUUCAGCACAGACUGGUUUUGGCCACUUUUUUCGGUCUUUUGCGAAGUUUUCGGUGGAAUCUACAGGCUUCACAUGUUGUCUCAAAUAUGAUUAGGUAAGGCCCCAAAUUUUUUUUUUAUCGGUCUCGCUUGAGGAGAAUUUGUCAGAUUCAUCUGCUUCGGAACGAUCUGGACUUUAUUGGAUUGUUAGCAAGCCGUCGUGUCGUUUGAGAAUUGAACUGAUGCCGAAUCAAGCCAAAACAGUACUGGGUGAUUAUACUUGCUUGUAUCAGUAAACAUAAACGGAUCGGAAAACAUGCCUCACUAUGGCUUGUCAAACCAUCGCCUUUUUAAAAAAAAAUUCGGUAAAAAUUGAUGUUUUCGUCACGUCAAUACUUUGGCCAUCUCGAAUAGUGUUAUAAUGGUCACUCGGUAGCGUGUUAUAAUCAAAUUUACAUGAUCGUUGAUAACGCACACUGAUUUUUCACACAGCAGUUGUUCAUAUAAUUUUCGAACUCUUGGUUUGACGGAAGCAGCCUGUUUUUUCACUCCGCUUCGACUUCUUAUGCUUAUUAUAUGUCUGUAGAUCCAAUCUUACCUUGGUACGAUAGACUGUGCUACGCGGGAAUCCCACUUUUUUGGCUAGAUCCCAAAUUAAGGCAGUCUUCUUAAUGUCAUCAGUGCGCAUGACUUUUCGGUCCAAAGUUUUGACCACCGGACCAGAUUUCCACAAAGUUUUUUUCGUCCACGAAGCAGCUUUUUUUUGAUCACUUGACCCGGUUUCCACCUAAAUUGUUUUUGUCCAUGAAGCUGCUUUUCUCUUCAUACUUCCAAAUAAAAAUUUCAGACCGCUCCAAUGCUUACUUCUUCCAUUUUAGCCAACUCAGUAGGCAAAAUGUUGAGGAUAGUACAUCAUUUGUGUACUACUAAACACCACCAGAAUUAUAAAAACUGGAGCUUACGAUUCACAGAGUUUUAAGUUAAACUGUAAACAAAAUGAGGAGGGUUGUAUCCAAAUCGUGCUUAGACAUAAUGAGACACCCAAUAAGAUGGCCAAUUGUCAGAUCUACAAUAAGGAUAGUUUCCCAUCAACGUUAAAAUUUCCCUGGAAAUCAAAAUCAGUAUAAGAAUUCUUCUAAAAGGAACAGAGAACUCAAAUUUGACUCUAUGAAUUUAUGAAAUUGCCGUUUGGCUUGAAAAAAGAACCGGAAAUUUUCCAAGGAAUGAUAUUUUCGAAGCUUUCCAUAUUUCGGCUGGACGAUGGGAAUGAAACACUUUAAAAGCUGACCGAUUCAAUUGAAUGAGUGUGUGUGACUGAAAAAAAAACAAAAAUAAAACAAUGGCUCACUAUUUGAUGAUAAGAAACAUUGGAAUUAGUUAUCAAAAAAGAGAAAAUACCCUGAAAAUUGCUACUGGCAGCAAAAAAAAAUCACACUAAUUUAGGGACUGAAUACGAAGGAGGUUAUUAAAUUAAUAACGAUCCGGUUCAAUGAGAUUCGCAUGACAACUUUUGUUUCCGAAAGACAGUUUAUGUAAACGUGUAAAGGCAGUGUUAGAUUAAUCGUUAAGUAGGGAAAAUAAAGAGAAAAAAAGUAUAACAAAAACACACACAAGUUUGAGCUUCCGGCAAAGUUGUUAUUCUGUCGUUUGAUAAUUUUAGGAUGUGAGAUAAAAGUUGUACCUAUAGGUUCGUUGUUAUGUUAUCAGUAUUUUUGAAUGUUUAAUCCAAAUGAUGCAGCUGGUGCAGUGCUAAUCACAAAUGAGACGAUAAACGAAAGGUGUUCACGAUUUAUUUUACGCACCGGAAAACAAGUUCCAAGCAGCUCGAAGAAAGUCUACUCUUAUAUACAUGUGGUUAUACAUUAAGUUGAGAUUCUCCAGUGCGCAGUACUUGCGGACAUUUUAACACAGUCCCUGAUGUUAGAGACGCAACUUUUGCUUAGUACACUACUGUCGUGAUAAAAAUAUUCAUAUUUUUUCGAUCUUUUAAGGAAGCUUAACAAAACCCCCUGGCGUUCACCAGUGAGGGAGAAAUAGAUGAAUCGGUUCUUGCAAUUCCUAACCCGAUGAUAAAUGAAUACGAAAAUAAAACAAUCAGACUCGUUGAACAAAGCAAAAAGUAGUAGAUCUGUUUAUAUUAAAACAUGUAUCGGUAGCUGAACGUUAGUUGAAUUUUAUUUUCGAAUCCCACACGUGUUAACUGAUAAGCUGGAUAGAAAACUGUAAAGCAGCUUUGCGAACGAUUCCUAGCAAAGAAAAAACAAACAAGUCUAAAUUUACUUGUACUAAGAUCAGUACGUAGAACAUGUCAACUGUCAAACUGGCAAUGAACAGCAGUAAAAACAAGCUGUGGAACACAAACAGUAGCACAUUACAACUAAGGUAAACAUUAAAUGUCAAUAUGGAGAGAAUAAAAACAUUCAUGUACAAACUCGGCACAACUAGAGCAGCCAAGUGAAAUUCAUCCGAAAAGUAGAGAACUCGAAGUACUAAAAUCUAUCUUAGCGAUCGGGCGAAAUCACCUGUAAGCUAAAUAAAAAGGUUAAAAAUUCUGUAGAGGAAACCUUUUUUAUAAACACUAAUUCAGUGAAAAGUAAAAACUAUGUAGAAAACACACUACAACAAGUAUUUGAGCGGAAGAGAGAGUUGUCUACCUUAAGAAGCUAAACAGAAAAUGAUGAAACUCGCUACAAGUAGGAAGAAAAAAAAAUUAUCUAACGAAGAUAUAUCAACUAUACUAAAGAAAUGAAACCAAAUUGAGCAAUUUAUUUUACUAUCUAUACACUUACACUAAGCAAAUCAAAUGUGAAAAAAAACGUUAAGGAAUCGAUACCAAAAAUGAAAAAUAGGGAAAGAAACAGAAACGAAGAGAAAGGAUUGUUUAUGACUGCUACCCUAGAACAAAUACCAAAUUAUUUAUAGCUUAAUUCGGAGUCUAUCGCAUUAUUUUAUGAAGGUUUUUUUUAAACUUACCUUAAGAGAAAGAGAGUGUGGGAUAGCUCAAAUUCAGAGUCAGAAAACAAAUCAGCAGCAAAGGAAAGAUCCCUUCCAUAAGCAAUCGCAAAUGGUUUCGUCUAUUUACACAAACACACAAACACAAACAGAGAGUAUUAACUUUUAAGUAAAAAGUGUUCAAAAGCUAGAAUGUUUUUUUGUUUUCUAUUUUAAAUAUUUGAAAUUAAAAUAAUUGAAAGAAUCAUUUCGAAUUGUUAAGAAACAUUUCUGAUAGUCCAAUAUGUGUCGUUGAGUAAUUUUACAGAAUCAAAGCAAUCGAGGAAAUUCCCAUUGAUUCAACCACGGUAAACUUUUAUGAUACUUUUAGGGAGAUCUAAGCAAGCAUCGUUCGCUUGAAGACCUGUUUGACAGCCGCUCCUGAAAAUUUUAAUCAGCUUCAUAAAAUUUAAAAAUCAAAAUUCACAGUUUAAGUAACAAGAGUUCCGUGAAAGUUGUUGAACAUUAACUGGCGAACACAUGCAUAAUGACAAAGAUUGGUUUACCUGUGGAAUAAACAUCAAACUGUGGAAGUUUCGGGUGAGAUAAAUCUAUUUUUUUUAUGUUUCUUUAAGUUUUCAACUAUGCAAUUAAACAUUAUCAUUUCAUAAUCAAAUUCUAUGCAAUCAUUAGAAUUCAAAUUCAAACUACUGACAAAAUAAGCUGAUAUUUUUUGAGUGAGUUAGAAAACAACCCGUUUGCUAUCAAUUUUGAAAAAAAUUACGCACUGUUGAAUGAAUGUUUCAAUUUUGCUGAAAUGCCACUCAUUCGAAAGGAUUCUUUCAAUUACUCGAAUUUCGGAACAGAACAUUGUAGGUUCCUAGAGGUAAACAAUUUAGGACGAAUCAAUCAUCAUCAAACGAGCGAUCGAGAAAUUGUUUUCAGUUUUCCAAUCGUAGGUACAAAGUUGUGUACCACACUUUUAUUUUUCGCAAUCUGGCAAAUCAAAUAGAACGUGAAAAAUCAAAUGUAGACAUGUAGCAUAUUCACCGAAAGAGAGAAAAAAAAACAUUAAUGGACGGGCGAAUAUUUUUACACACCUAUUUACCUUUCACAAAUACACACAAAUACAAACAUUCACCGAUGAUAAAUCAUGAGAGAUGAAGAGAGACAGAUGAAAAAAAAAAACACUCACUUACAUAUGAGUAUGAUAAAAUGAUACAGCGGAAAAGAGCAGAAGAAAAAAAAAGCACCAAGUAAAAUCAAAGUGUUGAAAAAUACAACAAGCUGGGCGAACGGUUGCGGGACUCGAUAAAACCGAUUCGAGAAAUAAAAUUAUUAAAAUAUAAACAUGUAGAGA